AUGGCUGAUUCAGAGGUCCAUGUUGAUUGUGGGAUGGAAUUCCCUGUGGUAUUGAGAGAGAUCAUGUUUCAGAAAGCCAAAGAAAGUGAGCAGAAUCUGCAGGAGGAGGAGGUAUGUGGAUUGAGAACUGUUCCAAAUGGAAUGACGUUGUCGUUGGACAGUACUGAGCGAAAGGCAGUGAAGAUUCUUCCUGCCUUGCUUUUUGAAAAUUUCUCUACCAAAUCCAAUUCAAAUACGGCAGUUCAUGUUGAGGCACUCAAAGUAAUUGCCAGCAAAAUGAAGAUUUCGAAUUGGGACUUUAGUUUGGAUCCGUGCAAAAAUGACGAUUCAAACUGGUAUACUCUUGACGACGCACUCGGGCCGCGUGGGGUCAUGUGCAACUGUGAAUUUGAGAAAAAUACCACUUGCCAUGCCGUUAAGCUAAUAGUGGUGUAUGAAGAACUGAUAGGGAUUAUUCCCCCUGAAUUGGCUAAUCUUACCUACUUGCAAAGCAUCGACCUGAGAUUCAAUUAUCUGAGUGGAUCGAUUCCUGCAACUAUAGGCUCAUUAUCGCGCCUUGAAUAUAUGUCGCUUGUGCAAAAUCGUUUAACUGGUCAAAUUCCGAAGGAAUUGGGGAACCUUACUAAGCUGAUAUCUCUGAGUUUUGAGAUGAAUAGCUUAUCUGGAACGCUGCCGCCAGAGCUUGGGAAGUUGACAAAUCUGGAACGAUUAUCUAUGAGCAGGCUUAAGGGAGACGGACUCUAUAAAAAAUUAAAAAUGGCUACUCUUCUAGAGGGUCAAAAACAGCUUCAGUAG